AUGGCUGCCAGCAUUGACUACAUGUCUGCACAUCACCUGCAAGCAAAUACCUUUGCUGAGGUGUUGGCAAAACAUUUACCUCCAGGAAAUUGUGGGGCUCUGAAUGUGGCCAGUGUUAACCGAAGUAUUUGGAGACACGUUGGUCAGUCUCUGACUCUGCGCCCGGUUCCAGGCUCCCACUCACUGCGUUAUUUCUACACGGCGGUGACGCCCGGCUCGGGGGUCCCUGAGUUCACGGUGGUCGGAUACGUGGACGAGGAGCAGAUUGUUCACUACGACAGUGACAGGCGGAAGGUGGAGCCGCGGCAGCGGUGGAUGGCGGAGAGUCAGGGCGCCGACUACUGGGAGGAGCAGACACAGAUCCAGCGGGACGUGGAACCGGUUUUCAAGAGCGACAUCCCCAUCGCAAUGAGCAGGACAAACCAGAGCGGGGGUGUUGCAGGGAUCCACAAUCUCCAUCACAUGUACGGUUGUGAGCUGCUCUCGGACGGCUCCACCUCCGGGUUUUUCCAGUUCGGCUGGGACGGACUUGAUCUGGAGGCCUGGAACCGAUGUGAGCCGAUAGAUCCGAUCCGCUGGUGGCCGGAUGAGAGGGAAGGAACGGUGGAAUCAAUGGCCCGCCGGUGGACGGCGUAUGGGGUAAAGCUGGCAGUGGCGUCGACAGGCACGGUGUGGGAUCAACGGGUGAAACUGUUCGGGUAG